AUGUCGCGACCGACGACUCGGACGAGCGAUGCGUCGACGUCGAGGACGACGGACGACGCGCUCGUGCGAGCGCUCGCGCGCGCGCUCGGUGGCGACGACGCGCGCGUGCGCACGACGGAUGCGGCGAUGGAAAAGUACGCGGUGGAUUGGCAAAAUAAGUAUCGAGGACGCCCGCUGUGCGUGACGCUGCCGAGGACGACGGAAGAGGUGCGGGCGAUCGUGCGUUUGUGCGCGGAAUAUCGCACGCCGAUCGUGCCGCAGGGAGGGAACACUGGGUUAGUGGGCGGCGCGACGCCGACGGAGGCGAGAGAGGUGGUGGUGUGCAUGGAACGAAUGAACGGGAUACUGAGCGUGGACGAGGACGCGGGGUGCGCGACGUGCGAGGCCGGGGUGGUUUUGGAAGACUUAGAGAGCGCGGUGCGGAGUCGUGGGAUGACGGUACCGCUCGAUCUAGGGGCGAAAGGGAAGUGUCAGAUGGGCGGGUGCGUGUCCACCAACGCGGGCGGCUUGCGUCUGCUACGAUACGGAAGUCUGCGAGGGAGCGUUUUGGGCUUGGAGGUCGUCCUGGCGAACGGCGAGGUGCUGGAUCUCAUGCGCACACUCAGGAAGGACAACACCGGGUACGAUUUAAAACAGUUAUUCAUCGGGGCCGAGGGAACGCUCGGAUUGGUGACAAAGGUUGCGAUUUCCACGCCGCGCGCGCCGCUGAGCGUGCACGUCGCACUCUUCGGAUUGGAAUCGUUCGCCAAGUGCGUGGAGAUGUUAAAAUUGGCGAGGGAAAACUUGGGCGAAGUUCUGAGCGCGUACGAGUUCUUCGAUCGAGAGAGUUUGGAACUGGUGCUGGCGCAACUCAAGGGGACGCGCGACCCGCUCCCGGGUAAGCCGCGCGCGUUUUACGUCGUCGUCGAGACGAGCGGUAGCGUCGCAAAGCACGACUCGGCCAAGUUGAAGUCAUUUUUAAGCAUCGUCAGGCGUCGGGGUAUCGUCGUUGACGGUGUCGUGGGAAGAGACGAGAAACACGCGUUCGCACUCUGGACGCUUCGCGAACGCAUCUCGGUUGCCCUCAAGUACGCCGGAGCGGUGUACAAGUACGACGUCUCACUUCCCACCGCGAGAAUGUAUAACUUGGUUACGACUUUGCGCGAGCGUUUCGAACCAAAGUUUGGAUCAUCGGUCAAGGUUUUGGGAUACGGCCACCUCGGCGAUGGAAACUUGCAUUUGAAUAUAUCGUGCGCCGAGUACGACGACGCCAUCGAGCGCGCGAUCGAGCCCUUCGUGUACGAGUACGUGCGCGAUGAACGCGGCAGCAUCAGCGCUGAACACGGUUUAGGACUCAUGAAGGCGGAGGAAAUUCACUAUAGCAAGGAUGCGAAAGCCGUCGCGCUCAUGGCGACGAUGAAGCAGACGCUCGAUCCGCUCGGAAUAAUGAACCCACGCAAGGUCCUCCCCGUCGCCGCCGUGCGCGCGGCAGCUUCGACACCAAUGAGUAGACUGUAA